AUGAUGCUCUCCGCCCCCAAACUCUCCGCCGUCAACGCCUCCGCCUUCGAAUGGUGGUACUUCGACGCCGUCGCCGCCCACAACCCCAACCUCUCCGCCGUCAUCACCUUCUUCACCAGCUCGCCCGCCGCGUUCCCGAUGGCGCCCCGCAAUGGGAGCUCGGUCGUCUGGAGUUAUGUCUAUGUGAGUUUGCCGGAUGCCCCUGCUCCCCCUCCCCCUCCGCCUGGGGAUGAGGGGCGGGAUCGGGAUGGGGAUGGGGAUGGGGAUGGGGGUACUGGGGGUGGGAGUGGGGGCAAUGGGAAUGAUCGCGGCGAUAAAGGGGAUAAAGGUGAGAAGGGUGAUCAGGAGGAGCCAGGCGAUUUGAGGGCCGUGGGCAGCCGUCCGGUGGCCGGGGAUGGCGGGCGGGUGGUCAGUGAGAUUGGCGUCGCCGGGGAGGAGAGUGAGGGCAUCGUGUUGGGGGAUGGCGGCGGGUGGAAUGUCGGGUUCUGGGAGGGGUUGGGCGGGUGGGUUGCUUCUUCCGGGGGGUAUCCUGGGUUUGGUGGGGAGGGGAUGGGGAGGGGCAAGAGUAAGGGGAAGGGGAAGAGCAAUGAUGGUAAGAGUAAGGGGAAGGGGAAGGGUCGUUUGGGGAAGAGCAAGAGGGUUGUUGGGCAUGGGGAUGCGGAUGCGGGUCGGGGGUUGUUUGCUAGGUCGGGGGCGGCGACUGCUGCUGCUGCUGCGGCAGGCCCGAAUCUGGAGGUUUGGGUCGGCUGGGAGGGCAGUCGGAUUAGUGGGCGGUUGAGGUUGGAGAAUGCUACCUCGCCCCGAACGCCCUGCACUACCUCCCAACGGUUCGAUCCCUCGCUGCGACUCGGGUCGGUCGGCUGGGUGAAUAUCGUGCCGCAUGCGAAGGCCACCGUCGAUCUGAUCGUCGAUGGAGAGGCGGUCAAGUUCGAGGGGUAUGGGUAUCAUGAUAAGAACUGGUCGGAACGCCCCUUCCACUCGCUCGUCAAGAAAUGGUUCUGGGGCCACGCCCACGUCGGCCCCUACUCGCUGGUCUGGUUCCAGGAGACGCCGCUCAACUCGACCAUCCCCGUGGCCAGCGCAUCGGUCCUCAAAGAUGGCGUGACGGUCUUGAGCGGCUGCGAGGCCGGGAUUGUCAGCGUGCAGCGGGUCGGCCAUGCCGCCGCGUCCGGGUUCGCAGUCGAGGUGGUGAUGAGGGGGGUGCGGGUGACGAUGCUGGGGACGCGAGAGGUGGCGGGCGAUGGGCAGCAUUUCUUCCGGUGGACGGGGACAGUGGAUGGGGAGGUGUUGGGCCAGAAAGUGAACGGAGGUGUCGCGGUCUUUGAGGAGUUUGAUCUGUGA